AGGAGGUCCGAACAAAGGUGGUCCCGAGGACAGCGUUUGCGUCCGCUCGCAGUUAAAUCUUCUGUCUUGGCAAGGGAAAAAAAACUAGCAAACAUUCGUUAGGAUUUCACCUCGUUCGCCCACUGGAAUCGUCCACGCAAACCCAUCAAGAAAGUUUUGAUUUUUCUGUCGUUCUCUGCUAUAAAUUGGCUUCUUCGAGCGAAUUCUGUAGAUUUUCGAGAGACCCAGAUGAUGAGCUGCGUCUGCAGUUGUAGUUGCGGACCCUUAAUUGUUCCCAAGUCAUCCGUAGGUCGUGGGAGUUCACGGGCCCGUCGAAAUGCAGUCGGUGUAAUUUCUCCUCACGGUUCGACGGGGAGGGGUGAGAGGUCUGGGUUCGUCGGUGUGAGAGCUUCAAUGGUGGAUUCGUAUGAGAACUCCUCUGAUUUCGCUAAGCGCAUGGAGCAGGCCUGGUUGAUUUCUCAGCAACCUAGGCCGGUAGCUUGUUCCUCUUGCAACUCAAAGGGGCAUGUAGAAUGCAAAUGGUGUGCAGGUACGGGUUUCUUCAUCCUUGGAGACAACAUGCUCUGCCAAGUCCCUUCAAGAAACACAAGCUGCGUCAUAUGUGGUGGAAAGGGUUCAACGUGCUGCUCAGACUGUAAGGGGACAGGGUUUCGAGCCAAGUGGUUGGGACAGCCUACCACUUUGAAGGAGUGAUGUGCUACUUGGUGAAUGUACCGUCGCUUUAUAAACUACCUCAGCUGUACUGUUUUAGUUGUUCUCUUUUCCCUUUUCACAGUCUAAAUUCAGAGAGUUACGACACAGUUUUGUUGUUUUAAGACCUCACCAUUCAUUUCGGGUUUCACACUGACGUGUAUCCUGUAAGAUCUCUUGUUAAAUAAGAUGUAUUAUUCUUUCUUAGCGUA